CGAACGCGCUCCCACCCCCUCCCGCCGCCACCGCCGCCAAAACCCCGGCCCGACUUGGCGUCCUCCGCCAACCUCCUCCUGGGCAGCGCGGGCGGGGGGAUAUGGCAUCGGAGGACGUGGUGGGCAAGAGCAGGGGCGACACGGCCGUCACCACCAUCGUCAACCUGGCGGAGGAGGCCAAGCUCGCGCGCGAGGGCGUCAAGGCGCCCGGCCACCAGAUCCUCACCAUCUGCAAGUCGCUCGUCGCCGGCGGCGUAGCAGGCGGAGUGUCUCGUACUGCUGUUGCUCCACUUGAACGAUUGAAAAUAUUGCUUCAGGUUCAAAAUCCGCACAGCAUCAAGUACAAUGGUACUGUUCAGGGUCUCAAGUAUAUCUGGAGAACAGAGGGCCUCCGUGGACUUUUCAAGGGCAAUGGUACCAAUUGUGCAAGGAUUGUUCCAAAUUCUGCCGUGAAGUUUUUUAGCUACGAGCAGGCGUCAAAGGGAAUUCUGUGGGCCUACCGUCAACAGACUGGUGAAGAGGAUGCUCAGCUUACUCCGCUCUUGCGCCUUGGAGCUGGAGCAUGUGCUGGUAUCAUAGCUAUGUCUGCUACUUACCCGAUGGAUAUGGUUAGGGGAAGGAUCACUGUUCAGACAGACAAAUCUCCCUACCAGUACCGUGGUAUGUUUCAUGCACUGGGUACAGUCUACCGUGAAGAAGGCUUUCGUGCUCUAUACAAAGGGUGGCUUCCAUCUGUAAUCGGAGUUGUUCCAUAUGUUGGUCUCAACUUCGCUGUAUAUGAGUCCCUCAAAGACUGGCUACUCCAGACAAAUUCAUUUGGCCUUGCAAAUGACAACGAGCUGCACGUAGUUACAAGGCUUGGGUGUGGAGCUGUGGCGGGAACCAUUGGGCAGACUGUUGCAUACCCUCUUGAUGUCAUCAGGAGAAGAAUGCAGAUGGUUGGUUGGAGCCAUGCUGACUCUAUUGUUACUGGGCAAGGCAAAGAAGCACUCCAGUACAAUGGCAUGAUCGAUGCAUUCAGGAAGACUGUUCGUCAUGAAGGCGUUGGUGCUCUGUACAAGGGUCUUGUGCCGAACUCAGUCAAGGUGGUGCCCUCAAUUGCCAUUGCAUUUGUGACUUACGAGGUUGUGAAGGAUGUGCUAGGAGUAGAGAUGAGGAUAUCAGACUGAGGAUGGUCGUUUUCAACUGCUAUUUUUGUAGGCUUUGGGAAGUUGUGUUUUUUUUUUGUAGGCAGGGCGGGUAGAAGGGUAUGACCGCGGCUCCAUUCAGCAUCAGGCCCUCUCAGCCCAUGUUGGAUAUAUAUCAUAUAUCCUGCCACUGGCUUCAGUCAGGUCCUAGAAUUGUUGCUGGGUCGUGCAAAAAGUAAUAAGUCGGCUGUAAAGCUUAUUAAGCAUCUGCCUAACUCAUCAAAAGAAAUCUAUUCCUUAUUGAUGAUGUACCGAGAUUUUCGAACUUAAAGCGGUACUACGUGCUGCUAACAGUUGAUUAAUGAUUUUUCUUUGUUGCUGGUGAUUUUUCAACUU